UACAAUCGUUAUCCCAAAAGGAUCAUCCUUCGUCCAAAAAAAUCCGAAUACAUUAAACCCCUAAAAUCUCUCCCGCCAUGAACACGCUAUCGUCCAUCCUCCGACCUCCUCCCAUUUCUCAUCCCUUCACCUUCAAGCCCCCCUCAUUUCCCCAACUCCACCCGCUCUCGAAAACCCUCGGAUUCUGCUGCCCCAAGACAAUCCUCUUUUUACCUCUAUAUUCAACUCCAUUUCGGUCCUCCUUCAAGUCCCAGAACUCCCAAUUUCCCGUGGAAUCUCAGCUCUCUGAUGUCGACGAAGAAGAGGAGGAAGAAGAAGACGACGACGACGACGACGAAGAAGAAGCUGCUGAUGAAUAUGACGACAUUUCCGGUGAGAUUUCAGACGGAAUCGAACAAAGCGAAGAUGAAACGGAAAUGUCGAUGGAUGCGAGAGAAGAAGUGUUAGCUUGGCGCAAGGAAACCAAGUCGCAGAGAGUUGAGAAGAUCCGUAACGAAGUCAAAGAGUUUGGAAAUGACAUAAUAGAUGUUGAUGAACUUGCCUCCAUUUACGAUUUCCGUAUUGAUAGAUUCCAGCGAUUGGCGAUAAAAGCGUUCUUGAAUGGCUCUUCCGUAGUGGUUUCGGCGCCAACAAGCAGUGGAAAGACGUUAAUAGCUGAAGCUGCAGCAGUUGCCACUGUAGCUCGGGGAAGGAGAAUAUUCUAUACCACUCCGCUUAAAGCAUUAUCGAAUCAAAAGUUUCGUGAUUUUCGGGAGACAUUUGGGGAGGACAAUGUUGGUCUUCUCACUGGAGAUUCUGCCGUCAAUAAAGACGCCCAAGUUUUAAUAAUGACUACUGAGAUUUUGCGCAACAUGUUAUAUCAGAGCAUUGGAAUGGUUUCUUCUGGGAGUGGGCUUUUCCAGGUGGACGUGAUUGUUUUGGAUGAAGUUCAUUUUCUAAGUGACAUAUCUCGCGGUACAGUGUGGGAGGAAAUAGUCAUUUAUUGCCCAAAAGAGGUGCAACUAAUAUGUCUGUCAGCAACAGUAAAGAAUCCAGAUGAGUUGGCUGGCUGGAUUAAUGAGGUUCAUGGUAAAACUGAAUUGGUGACAUCAUCAAAACGUCCUGUUCCAUUGACUUGGCACUUCUCCACCAAGACUUCUUUGUUUCCUCUUCUUGACGAGAAAGGAAAGAAUAUGAAUAGGAAGCUGUCACUUAAUUAUUUACAACUUUCUGCUUCAGGAGUUAAAUCUUUCAGGGAUGAUGGGCAUAGAAGGAGGAAGUCAAGAAAACAUGGGAAUGACAGAGAAAUAAAUGACAUUGAUAGCACGUCUGGAGAACCUCUCUCAAAGAAUAAUAUAGGCAGAAUCCGCCGUUCACUGGUGCCUCAAGUAAUUGAUACAUUAACACAGCUUAAGGUAAAGGAUAUGCUGCCAGCAAUUUGGUUUAUAUUUAAUAGGAGAGGAUGUGAUGCAGCUGUUCAGUACAUUGAAGGUUGCAAGCUCUUAGAUGAGUGUGAGAUGAGUGAGGUUGAACUGGCUUUGAAGAGGUUCAGCAUUCAGAAUCCUGAUGCUGUCAGGGAGACUUCUGUCAAAGGACUUCUGAAUGGGGUUGCUUCACAUCAUGCUGGCUGCCUCCCUGUCUGGAAAUCAUUUACUGAGGAACUGUUUCAACGAGGACUUAUCAAAGUCGUGUUUGCCACUGAAACACUUGCUGCUGGGAUCAACAUGCCUGCUAGAACAGCUGUUAUAUCAUCUAUCAGCAAAAGAAGUGGUAAUGGACGUAUCCAGUUAAGCCCAAAUGAACUGCUUCAAAUGGCUGGGCGAGCUGGACGUAGAGGUAUUGAUAAAAGGGGCCAUGUUGUGCUGGUUCAGACUCCUAAUGAAGGUGCUGAAGAGUGCUGCAAGCUUCUGUUCGCUGGGCUAGAACCUCUUGUAUCACAGUUUACAGCCUCUUAUGGUAUGGUGCUGAAUCUUCUUGCUGGUACAAAAGUCACUCAUAUAUCAAAUGAAUCAGAUAAUAUGAAAGUUCUUCAGGCAGGGAGAACUUUGGAAGAAGCAAAGCUAUUAGUUGAGAAAAGUUUUGGGACCUAUAUUGGUAGCAAUGUAAUGCUUGCAUCAAAAGAAGAGCUUGCUAAAAUACACAAAGAGAUUGAAAAACUAACUUCAGAGAUCACUGAUGAUGCUGUAGAUAGAAAAAGCAGGCAAACCCUAUCUGAUGCGGCAUAUAAAGAGAUUGCAGAUCUGCAAGAACAAUUGAGAGAAGAAAAACGCCUUCGAACAGAACUACGUAGAAUUAUGGAAAGGAAGAGACUGAGUACCCUUAAACUUUUAUUGGAGGAGUUGGGAAAUGAUCAUUUACCCUUUUUGUGCUUGCAAUACAAAGAUUCUGAGGGAGUUGAACAUUUAGUCCCUGCUGUUUAUUUGGGGAAGGUCGAUAUAUUAGAUGGUUUAAAACUUAAAAACAUGGUUUCUGUUAGUGAUUCAUUUGAAAUAAAUGCUGUAAUAGCUGAGACAAGUUCUGGUGAUGCCAAAAGUCUUGCGGAUAUUGAACCAUCUUAUUAUGUUGCUCUUGGUUCUGAUAACUCUUGGUACCUUUUUACAGAAAAAUGGGUUAAAACUAUUUAUAGGACCGGCUUUCCUAACACUGCUUUGGCUCAAGGGGAUGCUUUACCUCGUGAAGUUAUGUGGACGCUACUCGAUAAGGAAGAGAAGCAAUGGGAAAAACUUGCUGAUUCGGAACUUGGUGGCUUAUGGUACAUGGAAGGUUCUUUAGAGACAUGGUCAUGGAGUUUGAAUGUGCCAGUUUUAAAUAGUCUUUCUGAAAACGAUGAGGUUUUACACAUGUCGCAAGCCUAUCAUGAUGCUGUAGAACAUUACAAGAGCCAAAGAACCAAGGUUGCACGUUUGAAGAAAAGGAUUGCCCGUACGGAAGGUUUUAGAGAAUAUAAAAAGAUCUUGGAUUGGAAGAGUUUUACUGAGGAUAAGAUCAAACGCCUGAAGGUUAGAUCAAACCGUCUGAUCAAUCGAAUAGAGGAAAUUGAACCAUCUGGUUGGAAGGAAUUCUUGAAGAUCAGCAAUGUAGUACGUGAAAUUAGGGCAUUGGACAUCAAUACACAGGUAAUAUUUCCUCUUGGUGAGACUGCAGCCGCCAUUCGAGGAGAAAAUGAACUCUGGCUUGCCAUGGUCCUUCGAAACAGAAUCUUGGUGGAUUUAAAACCAGCCCAACUUGCUGCUGUUUGUGCGAGUGUAGUUUCUGAGGGAAUCAAAGUUCGUCCAUGGGAAAACAAUAGCUACAUAUAUGAACCUUCUAGUGCAGUGAUUAAUGUUAUUAGCGUCUUGGAUGAGCAAAGAAGCUCACUGUUGCAACUUCAGGAAAAACAUGAUGUGGACGUAUCCUGUUGCUUGGAUAGCCAAUUUUGUGGUAUGGUUGAAGCGUGGGCUUCAGGUCUUACUUGGAGAGAAAUGAUGAUGGAUUGCGCAAUGGAUGAUGGGGAUCUAGCUCGACUAAUAAGACGGACAAUAGAUCUACUGGCGCAGAUUCCUAAAUUGCCUGAUAUUGAUCCUGUGUUACAAGGCAAUGAGACUGCAUCUGAUAUCUUGGACCGGCCACCGAUAAGUGAAUUGGCUGGAUGAAGUUUAUUGCUUGUUCUUGCAGAGCAAGAACUUUUCUAGAUACAUAUUUUGUGUAAACAAAACGUGUAUCCAAUAUAGUUCAAUUGGAUAAAAAAAUUGUACCCAAACUGGGGUUGUCAAUAUGAUUAAUUGAAAUCAUAAUUUAUCCAUUCAUUCGAUAA